AUGGCCCUCACCGGCUCUCACCUCCGCGUGGCCGCCGGGCUGUGGGUUCCCUUCGUCAUGUUCGAGGAUCAUGAGGACGGGACCUUCACCACCACGGGGCUCCUCAUAGACCUCAUGGACAUCUUCGCCAGCAAACUCAACUUCACAUAUUCGGUGUUGAAAUCCGUGGACGGCGAAUGGGGCCGACUGCACCCCAACGGCUCGGCGACGGGGAUGAUUGGCAUGUGUCAGAGGAAGGAGGCGGACAUGGCCCUGGGUCCCUUCAGCAUUACCUACAUGAGGUCCCAAGUGAUAGAUUACUCGGUGCCACUCUACAUAGAUAGCUUCGGAAUCUUUCUGCCGCGGCCCUACAGAGAGAGAGACCUGACGGGGUUUGUGAAGCCCUUUGGCUGGGAGGUCUGGGCGACUCUGCUGAUUCUCCUCUCGACGAGCAUGGGUCUGGGUGCCAUCAUUAACUGGCUCUCCGUCCGCUGGUCUCUCCCUGGCACUCGGUCCCUGGCCCAAGGCGGCAAGACCAAGCCGAUCUUCCAGCCCAGUUGGAUCUUGAAGACGCUCCUCAUGGAACCUUUGUCAGCGUUGCCAACUUCCCUCACCGGACGUGUCUUCAUGGGAACCUGGAUGGUGGUCUCUCUCAUCCUGAGCUCGGCCUAUCAAGGGAUUCUAACCUCUCUGUUAGCUGUGCCGAAGGUCGAAGUUCCUGUAGACUCCUUGCAGGAUCUCCUAGACUAUGGCAGGAUGCCUUGGUCUGUCGAGUAUGGCACUGCCUUGCACCAGCUGUUCGGAGAUGCAAAAUCAGGCUUCUACAAGAAGAUUCACGAUGGCAGCUUCCUAGUAACUAGCAGCUUCGAAGAGCGAGAGCGAAUGAAAAGAGAACGAUUUGCUAUUCUCUGUGAUUUCUUCUCCAUGAAGUUGAUUAUGAGUGACGAUUACGGCAGGACGGGCGAAUGCAGUUAUUACAUCGCCAAGGAAGUGAUCUGGUCAGCAUCCAUGGCCUUUGUCUUUCAGAAGGACAGUGCUGUCGCCAAACACUUCAAUAGAUGGAUAGUGAUGAUGCGCGAGUCAGGGCUGGUGGACCGCUACCUGCAGGAAGCCACAACCAACGUGACGGCGUGCAUGGUGCCGCCGGGCGAGGAGGCGGGCAAGGGCAGCUCCCUCGUGCUGUCUUUCCUGGAUCUGGGGGGCGUCUUUCUCUUCAUGUUUGGAGGCGCAGCUCUCGGCAUCGUCUUGUUCGUUGCAGAGAAGAUUAGUGAGAAGUUCCACGGAAGUCCCAAGUAA